UUUCGUCGUACUUUUCAUCGCCGUCGAGAUUGAAGUCCCGUGAAGGUGGUGGUUUUCGUUUUUCGUGUUUAUUCUCAUUUUACGGGUUCCGCACGCGGGUUUACUGUCGAUAUUCGAGUGCACCGACAGUUCGUUGCUCAUUUCGCACGGAGUAUCCGGACGACUUUCAGUUCAACUGAAAUCAGAACCCCAACGCGAGUGACUUUUCGCGCAACGAGUCCUCCAGCGAGAAAAUGUCCUCAGUGAAGUGAGUUUUCGUCCGCCAAGCAAUUCGCGAGUGACCCAGUGGAGUUGGAAGCUGUUUCGUGACGGAGUUCGAGGAGUUGUUUCAGUGAGAAAGUGUUGAUUAGCGCCGAGUUGGCCGCAGCGCAAAGCGUUCCGGCCGAGCGGACAACGGACCUGGCAGAUUGCGCCUUUGCUUGCAGUUCGCAUAUUUUUGGUUUCGCCUUGUGUUUUCUUCUGUUGGUUCGCUGCGCCUCCCCCGCUUGCUCGCUCGGCUGCGUGCCAUUCGCUUGACAGCUGCUGUCGCCCCGAGUGUCCCCGCGGCGCUGCUUCGCUAAAUUAGUUUUUGUUGUUCCGCGCGCCUGGCCGCCCGCAAGCUUCGCACAGUGCACGCACGCACGGUGGAGUUUCGCGUGAUUCGCUUUGCCCGCACGCUCCAAACCGCGAUUUGCGCCCCCGGCUUGCCCGCCCGCACGACGUGCAGCCGAGCCGCAUGUGUUUUGUGCUUUGACAAGGUUCGCAUGUUCCUCAGUUGGUGAAAAAUUGAAAUCGCGCCUGGCAGAGUUCUCGCAGGAGAGGAUGUACCACAAUAACAUGAAUGGGUACGGCGGCGGGCCGUACAGAUCGAGUAGCGGUGGACGUAUGUGGGGGAUGUCUCAUUCAUUACCCUCGGGAAUGUCACGUUAUGCGUUUUCACCGCAGGACACAGAUUUUACAUCAUCGUAUCCGACAGCAAGACGAACAUAUAAUGAUUUCCCAACGAGUAAUACCCUAGCAACAGUUGGUCAUAUGGGAUCGUCGAGUACAAGUUCAUUAGCGGGUCCUGGCGGAGGAAGUAAUCUAAUCAUAAAUUAUCUUCCACAAGAUAUGACUGAUCGUGAGCUAUACGCUCUCUUUCGGAUAAUGGGACCUAUCGAUACCUGCCGAAUAAUGAGGGAUUUUAAGACUGGUUACAGUUAUGGGUACGGUUUUAUAAAUUUUUGUUCGGAUGACGAUGCAGCCCGAGCGAUAAAAAGCCUCAACGGUGUCACAGUUCGUAACAAGCGAUUAAAGGUUUCAUACGCCCGUCCCGGCGGAGAUCAUCUUAAAGACACGAAUUUGUACGUAACAAAUCUUCCACGAACAAUAACGGAAGAUCAACUAGAUAUAAUAUUUGGAAAAUAUGGAACUAUUGUACAAAAAAAUAUUUUAAGAGAUAAAAUGACUGGCAAACCACGUGGUGUAGCUUUUGUUAGAUUCAAUAAACGUGAAGAAGCGCAAGAAGCCAUUUCGGCGUUGAAUAACGUUAUACCAGAAGGUGGUAAUCAACCCUUAACGGUACGUGUUGCCGAAGAGCAUGGAAAACAGAGAGCGAAUGCUGUCCCUCAUCAAUUCCCAAUGCCACCUGGUACUGCCGUUUACAACAACGUAAUGCACAGAGGUAGACAAAAAUUUCGUUUUCAAAAUCAUCCUUAUGGUCAUCCCAAUAAAAUGAUUAACAAGUAAAAUGAAAAAUACAACAUGAAAAAAAAGAAUCCACCACACGGAAUAAAACGGUCAAAAAAACGAUGAUAAGAUUUCAGUUUUCACGAAGAUCAAAAAUCGCAGGCACAUAAUAAAAGUUAUUAUCGGAAGAGUCCAUAUUACAAUUUGAAAAAAAUAGGGAUGAGCAGAGAAUUUCAAGAAUAUUAGAAAAAAGAGGACAAGAAUAUAUAUUAUUAUUAUAUCGCGAUAAUUUAUAGACCGAUCAGAAACUACUAUUACUUUGCUGAUCAGUUUUUUCUUAGUUUUAAAGUGUUGGAAAUAUCCUAGAAAAAAUGAUAUUUAUGCUAAAAUAUGCUACAUAAAAAGGAUACAAUCCGAAGCGAUUUUUUUUUUUGUUUCAAAUUAUGUGAUUAUGAAAAUAGUUAGUUCCAUAUUUCACCAUAGCAGAUUAUGAUAAAAAUACAAUCUUCGUCCUUAUAUACAAUUUAAUUAUUUCGAAGUGGAAAACCAGUCUAGUUCCGACUAUUUCCCCUUUUUGUUCUUUUAUUGUUUUCUUAUUGUUUGUAAAUUUCUUCGAGUGUGAAGCUUUUGGGUCAACAAGAUUGCGUUCCGAUAUGCGUCGAACAUUGGGAUAAAAAAGGACCCUUAAAGUCUGAUACCGAAUAAUAAACAGAUAUAAGGUGAUGGGGUGCAGACUUUCCACAAACAGGAAAUUUUGCUUUGUAGCUUCUUUUGCAAAACACUUGGUGCAAUGGAGGGUUGUAGUGAAUCUUAAAAAUGCACGUCUACAAUUCCCUUGGUUUUCGGGAAUGGCUGUAGAUUGACUUUUUAUCUUAUUCAAUUUCUUCAUAGUUUAUAUCGAAAUAUUUACAAAUAUCUGAAAGGAGAUCGGUGAAUAGCGCCCACAAAAUUCCAGUCAAGUCAGCGUCAACUCAGCGCUGUUGUUUUUUUUUUCUCUUCAAAUGAAUAUGAUUUUUUUAAAGAUGCAGUAGAUUACAGUAGAAAUGUUAGAUUCACUGGAAGAUAAUCAAUAUAUACACGUUCUUUAAAACAUAACCAUCAACUAUAUAAAUUACGUAUGCAAACGAUAUUAUGAUUAGAUUUAGCAAAAAUUUGAAAGAUUUUUGGAAUAUUAACAGUUUUUUUUUCAAUGACGCAAAAAUCAUAAUUGCCAGUUAUCGCAAAGAGAAUAUGGAUUUAAAAAAAUAGCAUAAGAUAUAACACAUACACAUAUACCCGGAACAAGAAAAAUAUUAUGAAGUUACUCAUAUAAGGCUCCAUCAUAUGAAUAUGCUUUAUAUAGAAAUAUAAUCUUAAUUAAAAUA